AUGACAACGCCUCCAGCCGGCCCAGCCCUCUCUCUGUAGAAGAUUUCCCAGAUCAGAAUGGAGUCUACCAGCAUCAAAAGACUCCAGCAAGAAGUAAAAGAAAUGCUAGCCAAUCCACCUCCGAAUUGUAGUGCUGGUCCUAAGGAAGACAAUUUGUUUGAAUGGGCAGCAUCAAUAAAAGGACCCGAUGGAUCGGUUUAUGAAGGUGGAACGUUUCUCCUUGAGAUAAGAUUCUCUUCUGAUUAUCCUUUCAAGCCUCCAAAGGUUAUGUUUAAGACAAGAAUAUAUCACUGUAACAUCAACAGUCAGGGACUGGUGUGUCUCGAUAUACUGCAAGAUAAAUGGACUCCAGCACUGAGUGUUGGCAAACUAUUACUUUCUAUAACAUGUCUACUUCAAGACUGCAACCCACGUGAUCCUCUGGUAGGAAGCAUAGCAAAACAGUUCCUCACUCAAAGAUCUGAACACGACAGAACUGCAGUUCUAUGGACAAAGAGAUAUGCAAAAUAGCCAAUAGUCACUAGUCAAUGAUAAUAUUAUUGUUAUAGAGAGAAAAAGAACUAAUUAUUAUAAUUAUUCAUGAAAUCAAUUUAUUUAUUAUUAUAUUAUUUAUUAAAAUAAAAUGAAAGUUCUGCCUGUUAAUUGAGAGCUG